AGAUGGAAGAAAACGAAACAAAUGACGAAGAUGAAGAAUUGCUUAAUGAGGAAGACAUUGUACAUAUUAUACCUCUGUACGAUACCACGAAUGGCACGUCAGAAGUAUCCGAGAUGACAUGUGGUGUUUCGGGGGCCGAAGAUGACGAUAUGGAAUUAGUUGAGAGGGGUGAAAUCGAAAUGGACUGCAAUGAAGACUUUCCAAAUGCGAUAACGGAAGCUGAUAACGUAAUUUCGGCAUGCAAGGAUGAAGCUUUCGUUGUCACAUGUUUUCAAGAUCAGUGGCUCGCUAUUGGUGGAAAAGAUGACCAAGCUAUUUUGUACGAUCUGCAAAGUUUGGAACUGGUUUUGAGGAUUGAUGAACACAGAGAUAGUGUAAUAUGCGCACAAUUUAGUGCGAAGGGGCACAUGUUGGCUACUGCCGAUAUGAGUGGCUUGAUUGUAGUAAACAGUACCACAAAACUAGGAAGAUGUUUCUCGAUUGAUGAUUGUGAGGAGUUAUCGUGGAUACAGUGGCAUUCAUCUGCAGAUAUUUUGUUUGCCGGUGGUAAAAAUGGUAUUUGGAUGUGGCUUAUUACGACUGAGAGUGUUCGACAAACAAAGGUAUACAUGUGUGAUUCGCCCACCACAUCUGUCGACGGUAGACUGCUAAAUGAUGGAAAACGACUUCUUUCAUGCUAUGAAGAUGGUUCUGUAAGAUUAUGGUCUUUGAAAGAUGAAAAAUCUAUUAGCAUCGUGACGGGAGCUGAAAGCGCUACAUAUUUGGAUGUUCAUCAUAGUUCACCUGUAGCAAUUAUUGGAGAUCUUAUGUCACGUUGUUAUUUUGUAAAUACAGAAACCGCCAAGAUUUUGAGGAUAUUUACAGUGGUUGAAGGAGUUACGGCUCCCGAAGUGGCAAUCGAAUGCGUGAAAUUUUGUCCAGGAAAAGAGCCAUGGUUCGUGGUUGGUACCAAUUCUGGACGUCUGGCAAUCUACGAUUUUAGUGCCAGCACUUUACGGCAUAUUUUGAAAGAUGAUGCUGAUCCGGUGGUGACCUGUCGGUGGUACAUGACAGAGUCGAAUGACAUGUACAUUAUUGGUGCUGGUUAUAGCGGUAUGAUUAAGAUGUGGGAUAGUCGGAGUGGUUUGCCCUUUUUAGUACUUCUAUCACAAAGUGUUGCUGUGAAAGGUUCUCAUUUGCUCUCAAUGGAUUUGCAUGUGAAGGGACCUACCUUAUAUGCGUCAUAUAGUUCUGGACAACUUUGCAAAUUUUCAUCUGUUAACCGGUAAAAUCAGUCCAUUUGGUGCCAUUAUUUCAGGAUUCUAUUGUUUUAAAGCAAGAUUCGGGAAGUCAGAGAGUUUUCGUCAAUUGUUAACUAGUAAAACAGAAUAGCCCAUACGUUUGUUAUAUGUUUGGACUCGAAAAGGAUUUGGUUUAAGUUGAGGACCUGAGAAUCAGCGAGGUUCCCUCUUUCAUUUGUUAUUGUUUUUGUUGCUGUUAUGUUAUAUUUAUGUAGUAAAUAAAAUUUCCAAG